CAGAUAUUUGGCUAAAAUUUAGUAAAAUGCUGAAAAAUACCAUCACUUCCAACAUAAGUCUUUUUGCAUUAGGAGUGCAAAGAAUAACAUUAAGAUGGAAGAAUGAUGAAGUGAGAAUGGCUCGAAUUUUACAGAAGAUGUAUUUGAAACAAAAUAAUACUAAAAAACGAUUCAAGCCUCAGUUUGACUUCGUUCCAAGACAUGAAAGUGUUACAGGUGAUUCAAAAACAGAAAGUAGAAAACGAGUUGAAAGUAAUGGACAACAGAGAAGAGCACGUCAAGUUGGCAAAGUGUUAUAUGAUUAUUUAGUACAAAUCAUUAACACAGGAGAAUUAGAUCCAUAUUUAUCAGCCAAUAAUGUAGAAAUAACUGGGGUAAAGGUGGAGCCUGAUUUCACUAGUAUGAAUGUUUAUUGGUCAGCCACUGGUACACAAAAAGAUGAGGAAAUAGAAAUGAUUUUGAGAAAAAAUCAAGGAAAACUAAGACAUGUUUUAACAUCCUAUCAUCUAAUCAGUUUUGUACCCUGUAUUAACUUUGUUAAAGACAAAUCGGUUUCUAAUGUAAGGAGAGUGGAAGAAAUAUUAAAAUCAAUUGAUUUCGGUCCAAAUUUUACACCUACCACAGUUCCUCUAGAUAUUGUUCAACACCAGUACAGCAUAGAACCACCUCAAUCUAUUAAAGACAAAAUUGAGCAUGCUAAAAUGGCUUUUCAUGAAAAAGAUCUUUUAAGUGGAAUUUAUGAUACACAACAAAACUUAGUGAGUGAAAGUGAUAACAAACCUACAGAUGAAAAUGUGGCAAGAUCUAAAAAUGACAUCUAUGGAGUCCAACAAGAUGAAAUAAUGACAAAUCUCAUCAUAAAGAAAUCAAAAGAAAGAACACGUUCUGUUAUAAAAAAUCCAGAUUUUUCCAACCAAAUCUCACCAAAUUUAUCAACAUGUGCUUCAAAGCAGUAUAACCAGUUGGCUCUCAAAUUAAAGAAACCAAAAGUAGAGAAAGCCAAAAAAAUACUGAGACAAAUGGAACAUGAUUAUAUAUUUGAGAAGUUUAAAAUGGUAAAAGAAAAGGAUGAAGAAUAUGAACUAGAGAUAGAACAAAUUGAAGAAGAAGAAGAUGAAGAACUUUUUAAUGAAAAAUGGAAGAUGGUACAAGAUAAAGAAGAUGAUAAGGUGGACAUUGAUGAGUAUGAAACAUAUAAUAAUGACAAAUAAAACAUAUUUUUUAAAAAGCU